AUGACUUCUAAUGUUACAAAUACAAUAUUCAUAUCUGAACAUAUAACUUUUGUCAAUGGUAUAACAAAAGUCAACAAUGAAACUCCGUCUCUCUGUCUAUCACUCUGUUCACAUCUAUCUAUCUAUCUAUCUAUCUAUCUAUCUAUCUAUCUAUCUAUCUAUCUAUCCCAGUCUCUUUCUUCCUUUCCUUCUAUCUAUCUAUCUAUCUAUCUAUCUAUCUAUCUAUCUAUCUAUCUAUCCCAGUCUCUUUCUUCCUUUCUAUCUAUCUAUCUAUCUAUCUAUCUAUCCCAGUCUCUUUCUUCCUUUCCUUCUAUCUAUCUAUCUAUCUAUCUAUCUAUCUAUCUAUCUAUCUAUCUAUUUUUUUGUUAUCUAUCUAUCUAUCUAUCUAUCUAUCUAUCUAUCUAUCUAUCCCACUCUCUUUCUUCCUUUCCUUCUAUCUAUCUAUCUAUGUCAGUCUGUUCAUAUCUAUCUAUCUAUCUAUCUAUCUAUCUAUCUAUCUAUCUAUCUAUCUAUCUAUGUUUCUUUGUUCUUAUUUAUCUAUCUAUUGAUCUACGUUUUUUAUCUGUUUUUGUUCUUAUCUACGUUUGUUCGUUCUUAUCUAUCUAUCUAUCUAUCUAUCUAUCUAUCUAUCUAUCUAUGCACUGCCGGAGGGGACUAGGAUAUGCUGAUUGUAUGCCCAGCACUGGGCCAAUCUGCCAAUCUAUCUAUCUAUCUAUCUAUCUAUCUAUCUAUCUAUCUAUCUAUGUUCUUAUUUAUCUAUCUAUUGAUCUACGUUGUUUUAUUUUUUUGUUCUUAUCUAUGUUUGUUUGUUCUUAUCUAUCUAUCUAUCUAUCUAUCUAUCUAUCUAUCUAUCUAUCUAUCUAUCUAUCUAUCUAUCACAGUUCAUUGAUAAACGUUUCCAAUUUAUUCUAUCAUUCUGUCGGAUGCCAAUCCAUAUUUGAUACCAACGUAUCUAUCUAUCUAUCUAUCUAUCUAUCUAUCUAUCUAUCUAUCUAUCUAUCUUAG